AUGCAGGGAGAGGAUCCUUUGCAGCAAAAGAUUGCCCUACAGGAAGAGGUCAGGCUCCAAAGAAAAUCUGCCCUGCAGAGGAGGGUCACUCAGGUGAAAGAGGAUGCGCGCCUAACAUGUCAGUGCCAAAGAACAUGCAGAAUAUUCGAGAAAACAGAGUUGGCAGUGGUGGGAAUUGAAUUGAAGUUGCCUGAUGAACUUAAGCCAUGUCUUGUUGAGGACUGGGAACUGAUAAACAAGCAUAAGCAGUUAUUCCAACUCCCUGCUGAGAAGAAUGUAGAUACUAUUCUCGCGGAGUAUGUCACUUUUGUGAAAUCACAGGGAAAGGCUGAUAAUAAGGAAUAUUCUGUUGAUGAACUUGUAUAUGGAAUAAGAGAGUACUUCAACAGGAUGCUGGGCACCCAGCUGCUUUGCCAGUUUGAAAAGCCCCAGUUUGCCGGAAUCCACCCGGCUUAUCCUCAUAUUCCAAUGUCUCAGGUUUAUGGGGCUCCACACCUUCUACGAUUAUUUACUCAAAUUGAGACUGUAUUGACCCAUUCCCUCCUUAGUAGGCAUAGUCCUAUGCGAGUGUCUAGGUAUCUGCACGAUUUCCUUAAAUACCUAGCUGAGAAUUCCACUUCGCUAUCUAGUGCCAGCAAUUACAAAGUGGCUUCUGCUGAGUAUUGUUGCCAAGCCCUGUCAGGGUCAGCUAACCACUCCCUGUUAUGA